AUCAAGAAACGUAUAUCUUACACAAAACCCCCUUCAUCAAACGAUUUCAGUCAAAACUUUCUGGUGCAUUCUCGAUUGUUGUGAAUCUAUAGAAGACGAAGAAGAAGACGAACACUGGUUACAUUCCAUCGUCUCUAUUCUUGCAUCCGAUCCACAGCAAAUCUGUAGCAACUUCACUCAAUUAUACUACCACAUUUCACUACCACCGAUCGACUGACCUAGGGCACCACAAAUCACCAUGACCAGACCACUGAAGUCCUCAUCAAGAAGACCUACAUUUCUUCAUCUCAUAUGUGCUGCUACUGUUUUCUCUCUCCUUGUUUUCACUCUUCAAUCGGUUUUCUUCACUGGUACUCGAAUCAAUCCUCUCAACGCAGAAGAUGUACAGAUCUUAUCUGAGUUUCAAUCUGACGUUCAACAAUGCGUGGCAAACAGAGGAUUUGGACUUACGGCACAUAUGAUUGACCAUUGCAAGUUGAUUCUUAAGUUUCCUGAAGGGACAAAUAGCACCUGGUUGAAUCCCCAAUUUAAGACGUAUGAGCCAUUAGAGUACAAAUAUGAUGUUUGUGAGGCAAUUCUCCUGUGGGAACAGUACCGUAACAUGACUACAGUUUUGACAAGAGAAUAUUUAGAUGCACGGCCUGAUGGCUGGAUGGACUAUGCAGCCAAAAGAAUAGCACAACUAGGCGCAAAGGAUUGCAGCAACAGGACACUUUGUGAAGAGCACCUUAAUCCAGUUUUGCCAGCCAAACCUCCAUUUCACCCUCGCCAGUUUCAUAAAUGUGCUGUUGUUGGAAACUCAGGUGAUUUACUGAAGACUGAAUUUGGUGAAGAAAUCGACAGUCAUGAUGCAGUUAUAAGAGACAAUGAGGCACCAGUUAACGAGAAAUAUGCUAAACAUGUUGGUCUAAAGAGAAAUUUUCGAUUAGGAGUUAGGGGAACUGCCCGUAACAUGAUCCCAAUCCUCAAUGGAUCAGAUGAUGAGGUGCUUGUUAUCAAAAGUGUGACUCACAGAGACUUCAACCAGAUGAUUGAUAUGAUUCCGAAUCCGGUCUAUCUUUUCCAAGGUAUUGUAUUACGCAGAGGUGCCAAAGGAACUGGGAUGAAAUCUGUUGAGCUGGCACUUUCUAUGUGUGAUAUUGUUGAUAUUUAUGGUUUCACUGUUGAUCCUGGCUACACUGAAUGGACCAGAUACUUCUCUGAACCAAGAAAAGGUCACAACCCACUUCAAGGAAGGGCUUACUACCAACUUCUAGAAUGCCUUGGUGUGAUUAGGAUACACUCUCCUAUGAGAGCAAAACGGGCCCAAGAUUGGUCUGAUGUGCCAAGUCGUGAGAAGAUAGGCAGAGCUCAUGCAGCUGCCACGCGACUAAAAAGAAGUGAAGAGGGUGAAUACGAUAAGGUAGGACAAUUUGGCAACUGUAAGGUGUGGGGCGAUGCGGGCCCCUACGGUAGCGGGCCUGUAUCGGGGUCCAGAAAUAUGAGUAGUACUAGGAGGAAUUCAAAUUACAGUAAAUGGGAAGUUACGCCUUUUAAGAGUCUUAGAAAAGAAGCACAGGAACAUUAUAACCAGAUGGAAGGUGUUUCACUGUAUAAAAUGGAUGGCAACAAAUUAGAUGAUCUUGUGUGCGUGAGGCAUUCGUUAGAUUCUGAAUCGUAGUUUUGAAGUGGUAUAUAAUGAGAGGCUGACCGACAUACUUCAUGGAUUUGGGUAUUGCUAGUGUGAUUUCAAGAUGAAGGGGAAAUAGACGAUGAUGUGGACUACCAUCGUGAUUGUUAUUUUUCAAGCACGUGUGGAAGAUGAGAAGAAAGAUAAAGAUUUCAGGAAAUUUAUAAUUGUUGUUCUAUACAUGUACUUUUGUUAGCUUUCACUUUUGGUAUGUAAUGUUAAAAUCAUAUGUUUAAUUAUGUUUUACAUAUAUUUAUAGACAUUAUAGUUGUCACUUGUC